UGACUUCCUUGGCUCACCACGUUUCGAGGCCAAGGACAUCUGACGCCCUCUUACUAUUCGCUCGCCUUAUUCAUUCUUUUGAUUUCUUUCCUCCAGAUAAAAAUGAACUUCCUUUUUGCCUUUUUGCUUACUCUCUUUUUCUCUUACCUUUCUCUUUAUUCUUCCUUUGCUUCUUCACACAUCUCCGGGCUCUUUGAAACCUGGCGCUUACAACAUGGCAGGACAUAUGCUUCUCAAGAGGAGAAGCUCUACAGACUCAAGGUCUUCGAGGACAACUAUGAUUUUGUCAUGAGACAUAAUAGCCAGGGGAAUUCUUCUUACACCCUUUCUCUUAAUGGCUUUGCUGAUCUUACCCACAAUGAGUUCAAGGCUUCUCGUUUGGGUCUCUCUGCUGCUUCAGCCUCUGUGAAUAUUGACCAUCACCGGCCAAAUCUACAGACGCCUGAUUUUGUUGGCGAUGUUCCCGAAUCAAUCGAUUGGAGAGAGAAAGGGGUUGUGACCCAUGUCAAGGAUCAAGGAAGCUGUGGUGCUUGUUGGGCUUUCUCAGCUACAGGAGCUAUUGAAGGCAUAAAUAAGAUAUUUUCUGGAUCUCUUGUGAGCCUCUCUGAACAAGAGUUAGUUGAUUGCGACAAAUCAUACAAUAAUGGUUGUGAGGGUGGACUCAUGGACUAUGCAUUCCAAUUUGUCAUAAAAAACAACGGGAUUGACACGGAAGAAGAUUAUCCGUUUCAAGGACAUGAAAGGUCUUGCAAUAAAGAAAAGUUGAAAAGGCGUGUUGUAACCAUAGAUGGAUACACUGAUGUGCCGGAAAACGAUGAGAAAGCACUAUUAAAGGCCGUUGCUACUCAACCUGUGAGUGUGGGAAUAUGUGGCAGUGAAAGAGCAUUUCAAUUGUACUCAAAGGGGAUUUUCACUGGCCCAUGUUCAACUUCUUUGGAUCAUGCUGUAUUGAUUGUAGGAUAUGGGUCAGAAAAUGGAGUAGAAUAUUGGAUAGUGAAAAACUCAUGGGGAAGUAACUGGGGAAUGAAUGGCUAUAUGCAUAUUCGGCGCAAUAGUGGAAGUUCUAAAGGUGUUUGUGGAAUCAACAUGCUGGCUUCAUAUCCAAAGAAGACCACCCCAAAUCCACCUCCUCCAUCUCCACCAGGACCUACUAAGUGUGACCUCUUUACUCACUGUGGGGAAGGAGAAACUUGCUGUUGUACUCACCGUUUUAUUGGAAUAUGCUUUUCGUGGAAAUGCUGUGAACUGGAUUCUGCUGUUUGUUGCAAAGACGGACGCCAUUGUUGCCCCCAUGAUUAUCCAGUUUGUGACACAAGUAGGAGCAUGUGCCUUAAGUAUCAUCAAAAUAAUGACACAAGAAUGGAAAUAGUUGCAAAGAAAAGCUCGUUUGCUAAGAGUGGCAGUUGGAGCUCCCUUCUUGAAGGUUGGAUCCUGUAAAUGCAAUUUCUUGAGGUUUUUUUGUUGGAGCUCCAAUAGAAAGUAUAUGUUUCAUCAUUAAAGGAAAGACUAUCACUAUUACCAUAAACACUGAUUGGAGAGAUGGUUUGUAAAGAUGUCAUUGCAUUCUUGGCUUCUUUACAAAGGAAGGACGAAUUUAACAGGUUGGGAGGCUUGUACUAACCUCUUUCUGAAGUCCAUCAAGUAUUGAAAUAUUUGAGACUUUGAUUAUUCUAGAUGUAAAAUUGUUUUAAGCAUCUCUUUUCAUUCUUAUGUGUAAUAUGCUUCUCACAGGCUACAUAACCGUAAUUUUGCUUCUUGUUCGAUAAAUUCCUGAGUUUUAGACGUAAA